GAAGAAGUGGGACAGCCACCUGUCCAGCAAUUGCACCCCUGCUGAUUCUGCUGCUUCGUCGUCCGAGCGUGGUUGUGGUCCCGCUGUCACCACGGUUGGUCUUGUUGGCUUUUUGUCCCACAGUGCCAACAAGACCAAGUGGAAGGAUGCGUACCGCUGCGUGGACGCAAGCACGGCAAAUGCGGAGAGAGUUUCAAACGGUUUGAAGUUUGCGGGGGUUGGCGGAGGGGCGCUUUGGCCGGUGAGCCAGCAGGGGCAGAAUCAACGGUAUCGUUUUGCAAACCACGCGUUCACGCUGGUGGCGUCGGUGACGAUUCACGAGGUUCCGAGCGUCGCGAGUCCUUUGCUGGGUGCGAGCCUGGACUCUUCUGGUGGCAAAAAACUCCUGGGGCUCUCGUACGACGAGAAGCACCAGUGGCAGCCAAUAUACGGAUCAACACCGGUGACGCCGACCGGAUCGUGGGAGACGGGUAAGAGGUACCACGUGGUUCUUACGAUGGCGAAUAGAAACGGCUCCGUGUACAUUGAUGGAGAACUUCUGAAGGGUUCAGGGCAGACCGUUGUGCCAGACGAGAGGACGCCUGACAUUUCCCACUUCUACGUUGGCGGGUAUGGAAGGAGUGAUAUGCCAACCAUGAGCCACGUGACGGUAACCAAUGUUCUUCUUUACAACCGCCAGCUGGAUGCCAAGGAAAUCAGGACCUUGUUCUUGAGCCAGGACCUGAUAGGCACGGAAGGAAACCUGGACAGCAGCGACGACGACGACGGCGGCCCCAACAGUACGUCCUCAACUCCCUUUGAAAGUGGUGACAAAAGUACGCCUUCGAUGCCUUUUGCCGGUGGCGUCUACCGUAAUUUUUUCGCUUUUGUUGACGGCGGUGCAUUUUCGGCUUUUUCGGGUGGAAGAGUUUUCCUGUGUGCGUGGGCUUUGCUGCUGCAUCUGCUCCUGAUGAUUGCUUUUGUUUGA